CCUGAAUGUUCAUAUAAAUAGAAGCCAAAUAGUCUUGUUAUUAUUGCAGUUCUUGCAGCUUUCCAGCAACAGUAUCAAUUCUCCAGUCCCAACUCCACACAAGCUAUAAAAAUGAGCCGUAGUUUGAUCGUUGUUAGCUUGAUCGUUGUUUUGGCGAUGGCCUUGUUUGCAAUGGCCGAGGGCCGGCGAGAGCGUCGUAAUAUUUUAGGGAUUGUUGGAAGCUUGUUGGGUGGCGGACAUCAUCAUCAUCAUCAUCAUCACGAUGGAUUCAUUGGACAUCACGGCGGUUUCGGCGGACACCAUCACGGCGGUUUCGGUGGACACCAUCACGGUGGUUUUGGGGGACACCAUCAUGGCGGUUUUGAUGGACAUCACCAUGGGUUCGAUGGACAUCAUGGAGGAUUCGGUUUCUUAGGCUAAGAAGCAUCUAGACGUUCCAUUGGCUUGUACAACUGAAAACUGACGUUAAGGUCAUUGUCUUCCUCGAUCACCAAAGGCUGGCAGAUUUAUUGUUUCAUUGUUAAUUUAAGUAUUCGUGUCAUGUUUGUAUAUCUCGGCGUGAAUAUUUGUAAUUCUUUUAUUCAAUUA